UUUGUCACCAUUUAAGCUAAACAUCAGCACGAUAAGUUGCUCAUUGCUAAACAACACCUCGAUCACCUCAUCGUUUAUCAUCAGCACAAUACACCACCUAAAACAAAACAUCAGCAAAACUGCUCAAUUACAGAAAUAAAACAAACAGAUUUUAAAAGAUCAUCAAAGAUGAGUUUUUCAUUUGAAAACGAAAAUGAAGAUAAAUUUCCGACAAAAACAUGGAAGAGAGGCUAUUCACAAAAAAGAGAUAAAACGUCAUCAGAAACGUUGACAAAUGAUUAUAUAACAAAUGAAUCAGAUGAAGUUUCAAAAAUGCAAGGUGUCAAAGAAAAAGAAAAGCACCAUGAUGAUAUAAAUUGUAAGGAUCUUGAGUUUGAAGCAAGAGGUUUUUUGAAAUUCAAACUAAAUUCUAGUGGACCGCAUCACUGCAAAGAAAUUCUUAGCCGAUUGCCGAAGAAAUUGAUAACCAAUUGCCAACUACCAGGAAGUAAUCAUUAUUUUUCAAAAUCCCACCGAAGAAUUUUACCCUCGCUUGGAUCAUUUGAAAAAAAAGAGUUGAUGACAACCUCAAAACAUAUAACAAACAAUUGUAAAAGUGAAAAAACAUUUGGAGUUGAUGAAAACCUAUUUGAUUAUGAAGGAAAAAUUCUAAAGUCUAUAUUCAAAAAAAAGUAUAUACCGCCUCUUGAAGAAACAAAUUUAAGCAACUUUCACACAAAAAACAAAUCGCAGCUUUCUCGUCUGCUUACUCAAAGUACCGACAGAAUAAGUGAAAAGUUCAAAAAAAAUAGACCAAAAGUAAAUGCAACCUCAAAUCUUGCAAAAUCAGCACCAUAUGCAACCGAUUUAAAUGCAACAAAAGCGCAAAACUGUUCAAUUUACUCGCCUUUUGAUAAAAAGGUUUGGGAGUAACAUUGUUCGAAAAAUGGAAAUGUACAUUACAAUACUUACAAUAUAAAAUAACCAUAAAUUAAUUUUU